AUGGAGGGGAGAGCACUGACCGACUUUGUUCCUUCUGAUUCUUUGUCCUCGUCGGCCUCGAAGCAUUGCUGGCACUACAGGGAGGCGACCUUGUCAACGUCCGCUUUCUUGAAGUCUGGUGACGGUCUCUGCGCGGCCGUCCCAACUGCACACGUGAAGAGAAGAGGUCACGUACGAGUUCCAGAGAGUUGCCGCACACGUUGGUGA